CAUGGGCUCCCGCCUGCUGCUGAUGCUGAUGCUGCUUCAGGCAGUUUGGAAAGGUGCUCUGGGAAAAUCCCAUUCACUGCACACCCGAGGAAUCGUCGAAUUGGCAGGAGCUAUAUCAUGUGGCACGGGACGGUCUCCCUUGGCAUAUAUCGGCUACGGAUGCUAUUGUGGACUGGGAGGACAAGGCUGGCCUAGAGAUAAAACAGACUGGUGCUGCCACAGGCACGACUGCUGCUACGACAAGGCAGAGAAGGAAGGCUGCAGCCCCAAGGCACAGCAGUACCAGUGGGCGUGUGAGCGGAACGCCGUGCGGUGCGAUAACCUGACAGACCGAUGUGAAAAAAUGGUGUGCCUGUGUGACCAAGAAGCAGCCAAGUGUUGGGGAGCAGCCCCGUACAACCCACACUUCAUCCUCUGGCCAGACUUUUUAUGUGGACAGACUCAUCCCACCUGCCAUUUCAGAUACGGGGGGGCAGAAUAGUCUUUUUGGGACCUUUCUUCUAACCCUUUGAAUCUGAAGGUGCUGGAAUAAAAUUUUACCUCUUUUACCAGAGC